UGGCAUGACCGAAGCAAGCGAAUGAAAACACAUUUUCCGGCAGAGUUUUUGUUUGCUGGUUGCUGAAUAAACUGUUUUUGUUUUGUUUUGUGGUUCCAAAAAUUGAUUUUCAUCGAAAAUGUCUUCGGAUUCAGUUUGUACGAUUCGAACAAGAAAAUUUAUGACAAAUCGUCUUUUGUUUCGACGUCAGAUGAUUGUCGAUAUAUCACAUCCAAAUAAAGCAACACCGGGUAAACAAGAAUUACGUGAAAAAGUAGCAAAAAUGUAUAAAACAACACCGGAUCUAGUGUUUUGUUUUGGUAUUCGUACCCAGUUUGGUGGUGGUAAAAGUACUGGUUUUGCACUCAUUUAUGAUACAUUGGAUCAUGCAAAAAAAUUUGAACCAAAACAUCGUUUAAUCAGGAAUGGAUUGAAAAAAGUUGAAAAACAAGCCAGAAAACAACGUAAAGAACGUAAAAAUCGUAUGAAAAAAGUUCGUGGUACAGCUAAAGCUAAAGUUGGUGCUGGUGCACAGAAAAAGAAAAAAUAAACCAAACCUUCAUUCAACCAGGAAAAUUCAAAUCAAAUUUUUUUUAAUAAUGGACAAAGGUUGAUAACAACAAUGGUUCUUUUUCUUGGCUAUUUUAUUCUGAAAUAAAGAAGAAGUUUGUUUAAA